UCCGGGAAACUCAAGUUGAUUGUCAAAAUCAGUUAAAAUCGGUCAAAAUUUCGCGAGAAUUUAUUAGUUAUGUCGGCAGAAAAUCGUGCAUGUGAAAAGUUAGGGAAUUAUGACUAAAUAUUAAUGAUUAUUCACGUUAUUCUGAAAGCCGCUCCAGUAAGAAUCGCUAGCUCAAUCGAAUUCUAGCGGCGAAUUAAAACACGGAUGAAUGAAGGUAGUUUGCACAAAUUAUGGCGCGGGCGUCCACCUUGGCCCAGUGUGAUGCAGUAGCUUCGUCUAUGGAUGGAGUUAACGUUAAGAUCGCUGAAGCUUAUAAGCCUCCACGAAGAAUAGCUCUGCCAGCAGCGUACAAUAACAGACUUCCGGAUGUAUCGAGAUACGAGUACGAUUUUACUUUAGAAAAGUCAGUUGUAACAAAGAUAGUAGAGUGGCGCAAAGUUAGAAAUGAAAUUAUUCAAGCUAGACGGACACGGCUGGAGGAGAAGAAGAAAGUCGAGGAGGAGGAAGAAAGGAAUAUCUCUCCUCCUCCUUCGGAAUCGAUAAGCCAACCUCCAGUUAAAGCAACACCAGUGCCUGAAACGACAGUUCUCACUCCCCAACCUUUAUCACCUCCCGCAAACGAUCUUCAGAACUGUAUUAAAUCGAAUGGCUUAAAUCUUGCAGAUUUUGACAACGAUACGAGUAGUCCAUUUGAUAAUAUGGAGCUGAAAAGUAUUAACGAUAUGGAAGAACUUGCACAGGUUUUACAGCCCAACUCUCAAUGGGUACCUUCGGUUAAAUUGGAAAAUAUAAUGGAAGACGCGACAUUAAGUCACGAUCGACCUAAAGAUACCGAGUCGGAAACACACUUCAGUAAUAGGGCCGUCGAUCGUGAUGAAUCAAAUAAUCAUUGUAAUUCGAAUCAUCGCAGUGUAGCAGUGAUCGUUGAAGAACUCCAGAAAGAGCUAACUCGUCCCUUUAUGGAGAAUUGGAAGCCAUGGCCAGAUUUGGAAAGCCCUGUAAGCAAUACAGAACGACUCUUCAAGCCCGAUAACCCAUCUUCGUCGAUCAGUUCUAGAUCGUUAAGUCCACUGUUGGCUGAAAUGUCUGAAAACGAUCGAAAACUAGUGAAGCAUCUCAGCGAUAUGGGAUUCCCGUUAUCCAGAGCUGCUCGAGCAGUGCAUGAAUUAGGAGGCGAAGACAACAAAAAGGUGGUAGAGUAUUUACUGGCUGUCCAGUCACUGGAAGAACUUGGAAUAUCUGGAGAUAAGGUUGAAAAGGCUCUAGCUCUGACCCAAUACAAUCAAGACAAGGCCAAACUUUAUCAUGAAAAUUUGUGCACUCUAAUGGAUCUAGGAUUCCCUGAAGACGAAGCAUCCGCUGCACUUUUAAAGUGCGAUAUCGACAGGGACAAAGCACUUGAUUAUCUGGUGGGUUAGCUCAAGACUUAAUAGGUUUGUUCAGGUUACAGCGUUUUUAGCUGGGCUACGCUUUCUUACACUAGUGUUAUGCGAAUAUACAGCAACACGGUUUUGGUGUUGACAGUGUGCACACUUUUCGUGUAGUUCGGUACUCAGUGAUAGUGUUACUGCAAUUGUUAGAACAUGCAAACUUUUAAAAAUUACAUUUGUCAAAAAUAAAAAAUGGCCGCCUUGAAAUUUCAUGUCAGUGGCAUAACAAUUUUCAUUAACUAUCGCAAAUAUGUCUAAUUACUGCUUGCUUUUUAGUACAAAAAUGAAGCACCUUCUGUACUCGCCCUCGAAUAGGUGUAGAGAGUGCAAGCUGGUAUCAUUUGGUAUCAAAAAACAUACAGUAAAUGCAUUAGUCUUACCAGAAAAUGUUAUUUGUGUUUUUCAAUUCCCAUUAAAACUAGUUUACUGUAACUAGUUCGAUGGAAAUUGAAACAUUUCAUUUUAAACUCUCAUGGUUUCUGGUAUUUGGGAUAGUUAAUGAAAGUGUAUCUACACUUUUGCACUUCUCAUGAAAAAUGUAAUGCAGUCAGUUACACUCGUUACACUUAAGUGUAGAAAGUACAGCUAAUUUGAACAAACCUAUUAUCUUCGAAAACUGAGCUAAGUUAAACUUGUUCAAUGACAACUGCAAGACCUGGGGCCGGUUACACCAACCGUGAUUAGCGUGAAAUUUCUUAACUACAAUUAGUUAAUCUCGGAUUAGUGAAAUUCGUGUUACAAAAAUGGCUAACUGAAGAUUAAAAUCCACUGUUAGGUAACCGCCCGAAAUCAGGCAGUUAACUUUAAUCACUCGUUAAGUAAUUCUUGAGUUAAGAUAAGUUAACGAGUAAGAAGUAGUUAUCUCUAAUCACUCGUUAACUAAUCCUUGAUUAAGUAUUUUAACUUGAAGAUGGUGCAACCGGCCCUCAAACUUAUAAGCCAUAAGUGUUCGGCAGUUUAACGGAGAUAUACGAACGAUAGUUGUACAUAAUAUAGUUAUCAUUUUCCCUUUGGACUAUGAGAAUUGAUAAUAAAACCUAUUUCUUUAAUUCUUAUUACAUAAGGUGGACUUAUUAAAAACGUGUCACAUAAGUGCAUUUUAAAAAUGCCUAAUCGGAUUAUGGGAAUAGUCCACUUAAUGAUGCAUAGUAAGAUCAAUUGUAUUAUUUCACAAUAGCGUGUACCAAAGAAUUCAGAGUCCAUAGCAUUCGACGCUCUAAAAGUUGGAAAGAAAUAAUGCAAUCCGGUAUAUAUUGUCCUAAGAUUAAGAAAAAUCCCGAGAUGAUUAUAGUGCCACCAGUUGGCUAAUGUACCAUUUAUCGAGCAUCGAACAUCCUUAUCCCGGGCUCUAUGGAGAUUUUUGAAUUCUUUGCGUGUACCCACAAGGGCUUAAACCGUAACUGGCGCUCCAAUAGCUAAACUACGCGUACGUUGUAUGUAAAUACGUUUGUACCUUUGACAAUCUUGUACAUAAUAAAUCGAUUGCCAAUUUAAGA